UGGGAGACACACCAGACCACAGCAGUCUGCUCUACUCAGAGAGAGGCAGUCAGUAUCCAGCCAGCCAGCCAACCAACCAGCCUAACCACUAAAGAGUGAUUGGACUGUUAGACCUCAUGCAGCUCACCAAGGAAGUGGCGCCUCAGAACGGCUCCUAUAAGUGUGUGAUCGACGAUGACGAAAGAAGAUCUCACCUACUCUCUGUAAAAACAGACAUCACUCUGGAGUCCAUAAACCUGUUUGAGUGGGCUCGGGGAGGUGAGGUGUCCCAGCUAGUGGGCUUGGUGAGGAGGAACCCAGGGGUACUGAGGGAACAGGAUGCCUCUGGAGCCUCUCUGGUCCACCACGCUGCUGGUGCAGGAAACAUCCCUGUUAUUAGGUUCAUCUGCAGCAACACACACAGAGAUGGGUGGAAGGUGUAUGAUGACGAGGGGUCCAUGCCGCUGCACUGGGCUGUGGAGAGGAACCAGCCAGACAGCUGCAGGACUCUGUUAGAGCUGGGGGCUGAACCCAACGUCCUCAACAAGGCCCUGAUGUCACCCCUACACCUGGCUGUUAGCCACACACACAACCAUCUGGUCCAGCUCCUGUUGUCUCACUAUAAGACAGAGUCUAACCUAGAAGGAGGUCUUGGCAACACUCCUGUCAUGUUAGCCUGCUCCAUCAAUAAUACUGAGGCUCUCUCUAUACUGCUGAGGUAUGGGGCGCGGCUCUCCAGUCAGAACAAACUGGGCCACUAUGCUAUCCACGCAGCUGCCUUCGCAGGCUCAAAGAAGGCCAUGGAUGUCAUCCUCAAAGCUGGAGAGGAGAUGGGUCAUUCAAUAGAGGAGCACAUUAACUUCCUGGAUAAGUCGUGCAGUAGUCCACUUCACCUGGCGGUCAGGGGAGGAAACAUGGACAUCAUUGAGUUCUGCAUCCACAAAGGAGCCAAGAUCGACCAGCAACAGGUGGACGGGUCCACAGCUCUGCACUUUGCCUGUUCCCAGGGAGCUACAGAGGCAGUUAAACUGAUUCUGUCCUCCUACAUCCGACUGGACAGCAUCAUUAACCUGCCUGAUGGAGCCUGCCAGACACCUCUACACAGGGCAACUAUAUUUGAUCACACAGAAUUGGCGGAGUACCUCAUUUCGAAGGUAAAUACAGUACAGUGUGUGUGUCUGUGUGUGUGUGUGUGUGUGUGUCUGUGUGUGUGUGUGUCUGUCUGUGUGUUUGUGUCUUUUUCAGGUGCCAACGUGAACAUAAAGGACAAAUCAGGAUGUAACUUCCUCCACCUGACCAUCCUGCAACCCAAAGGCCUCAAAAACCUUUCCAGAGACAUCUUACAGCACAGCAGUGUGAAGGAUCUGUUGAGUAACGAGGACCACGAGGGCUGUACUCCUCUCCACUACGCCUGCAGACUGGGCAUCCACGAAUCUGUCAAGAACAUCCUGGUUCUACAGGUCUCUCUGGACCGCAAGUCCAAGGACAAGAAGUCUGCCCUGCACUUCGCUGCCCAGUAUGGUCGUGUCAACACCUGCCAGCGUCUACUGGAGACAAUCACAGACUCCCGUCUGCUGAACGAGGGGGACGAGAGAGGACUGACUCCCCUACACCUGGCCUCUGGAGGGGGACACACCAAAGUGGUGGAGAUGCUGCUUCGCAAAGGAGCUCUCUUUCACUGUGAUUACAAAGGGAGGACCUGUUUACACCAUGCAGCAGCAGAGGGGUACACCCAGACCAUGAAGAUCGUCCUGGCCACCAACAUCAAACUACUGGACAAGCUGGAUGAGGAAGGGAGCACUGCGCUGCACUUGGCAGCCCGGGAUGGCCAUGUAGCAGCGGUGAGACUGUUGCUCCAGAGAGGGGCCGAGAUCAGCCUCAACAAGAACCACGCCUCCUUCUUCCACGAAGCACUGCAACAUGGGAGGAAGGACGUGAUUAACGCCAUCAUCGACAGUGACAGAUGUACUCACAUCCUGAGUAUGUUCAAACGUGAUGCUGGCCAUCGUUGUCCAGUGUUGGACCUGGUUGACUUGCUGCCAGAGUCUUGCAAGUACCUUCUGGAUCGCUGCAUUAGAGAAUCAGACGACGAUACCAGAAGUCCUGACUACCAUAUCGACUACAACUUCCAGUGGCUUCAAGCUCCAAUAGCGCUGACGAAGCAUGCAAAGGUAGACAAAGGCCUCAAGAUCCAACCUCUGGCCACUCUGAAUGCUAUGGUGAAAUAUAACCGCAUAGAGCUCCUCUCACACCCCGUCUGCAAGAAAUACCUGGAAAUGAAGUGGAUGGCUUAUGGGAGCGCUGCCCACCUUCUGAACCUGUUUGUAUACCUGCUGGGUCUGCUUCCUCUCACCCACCUCAUAGUGAGCCUGAGACCCAGCCUGGACUACACCGGCCCUGACAACACCACAGCUGUCACCAUGGUGCCCAUUUCCUUCAGAGAGCAAGGCUCCUUCCUGUUCAGCUGCAUGGUGAUGGUGCUGGUGAUGAACAUUUAUUCCAUGGGGAAGGAAGUGAUGCAGAUGUACCACCAGCGUUUGAAUUACUUCAAGGAUCCCUUUAACUAUCAGGACUGGAUCGUGGCCAUCUUCUCUCUUCUCUUUGUCAUCCCCAUGUACUUCAAUGUUGAGGGGUCUUGGUACUGGCAGGCUGGGGCGAUGGCAGUUUUUCAAUCCUGGAUUAGCUUCCUCCUCUAUCUGCAAAGGUUUGAGCACUUUGGGAUUUACGUGGUGAUGUUUAACGAGAUUGCCAAGACAUUGUGGAAAAUCCUACUGCUAUUCUUCUUUCUGAUGCUGGCUUUUGCCUUGGUCUUCCAUGCCCUCAUGCUCAAUCAGAAAGAGUUUGAGCGACUGGACUUGUCUGGGGUCCAGAUCUUUGUGAUGAUGGUUGGAGAACUGAAUUACCAAAGCAACAUUCUGGACAUAUACCUAGACAACAAACUUCCAUUUCCCUUACUCACUUUCUAUAUGUUUGUGAUGUUUGUCAUCCUCAUGCCGAUCCUACUGAUGAACAUGAUGAUCGGUUUGGCGGUCGGCGACAUCGCUGAGGUAAAGAGAACCGCAGCUCUGAAGAGAAUAGCCAUGCAGAUCGAGCUCCACACCAAUCUGGAGGAAAAAAUGCCAUACUGGUUGUUGAAGAGAGUGGACCAGUCAUUCUUCACCAUCUACCCCAACCGCAAGUGCUCCAAGGCCUCAAUACUUUAUUUCUGGAGUCAAGGAGAAGAAAACGAAGCGCGUACUCGUCUAAUGACCAACUCAUCAAAUUCAACCCCUGUCGAGGCUGAACUACGCAAACAGAAGUACAGAUUGAAGGAGAUAUCCAGUGUGCUGGAGAAGCAGCACGACCUGAUGAAGCUGAUGAUCCGGAAGAUGGAGAUCACAUCGGAGGCAGACGAACGUGACGGGCCCACAGAGGUCAAAGGUUACAGGCAGAGGUCAAACUGGGGCCAAGCCAAGGGCUCCAACUGGAUCCCGCUGAUUAAGGUCCUCGAGAGCAAGAACGUUUGAGUCCUUCAAUUUACUGGUGACUAGGGUUGCGAAAUUCCAUUUGUCGGUUUUCCAGAAAUCCUGGGUGGAAGAUCCCUGGGAUCAAAAGGGAAUAAACAAGAGAUCCAGGAUUUGUGAAAACCAGGGGAAUUUUAGGAAAGGUCAGAAUUGUGCAUUCUUAUUGAUGACCAUCAACAAUAUGUCAAGAAUAUUUAAAAUACAGAACAUUUUCAUUUUUAUAUAUACAAUACUUGAACUGAUAUUGUUUUCAAAACUUACUGUAGGAUACUAUGAUUAGCAUGAAUGACUUAUCAGUGGGGAGACUAUUUCUGAUGCACUUUUGAUUGGUUAAUUAUGGAUCUCUCUCGCUCUGCUAACGAUAUACUUGUAUUUGUCAAUGUGUUCGUAGAUUCUUGCAUGUGAUUGAAAUUAUUUGAAUAUUGUAUGUAUAUUUUAUCUUAUAACCUGUCUGAAACAUACUGGAACCAAUAAAAAUUGUAAAAUCAUUCCCAUA